AUUAAGAAAGCGAAGAAGAAAGUGAAAUUUCCUGUGCCUGUGCAUGAGGUUGGCGGGUCCUUGGUUGGAUGUGCAUGUUCACUGUUUUUGUUCAAAUUUGCAGCUAGUGUCGAGUUACAACUUGAUUUCCUAACAAGCCAAUAACACGCGGAACACUUUCACUCGGACAAGCCAGUGGUGGUUGUCCUAGCUAUGCCGUCCGUUGCUGGACCCAGCAGUCCAGCAGCAGCGCUCGCCGAGGCGCUGGACAACUCAGCUCGGCUGAUUGAUAAACACCUGCAGGAUGACCGCUACUUUCCUGACUUGUCCGAGCUGCUCGGCGUCCCCUCACACAACAUGCCGUCCCUCUCUGGCGUGUCGGACAUGGACUACCCUCUCCAGGGACCCGGUUUGCUCACUGUACCAAACCUCCCAGAACUCAGUGCAAUGCGAAGAGUUCCUCUGCCACCUGAGCUGGUGGAGCAGUUUGGCCAUAUGCAGUUCAACUGCAUGAUGGGAGUUUUUCCAGACAUCUCCCGAGCGUGGCUCACAAUCGACAACGACCUCUUCUUGUGGAAUUAUGAAGAUGGAGGAGAUGUAGCCUACUUUGAUGGCCUGAUUGAAACUAUUCUGGCAGUAGGACUAGUUAAGCCAAAACAAGGGAUUUUACAGCCACACAUUCACUACCUCUUGGUCUUAGCCACUUCUGUGGAUGUGGUGAUCCUUGGACUCAGCUUCCCCAAGAGUCAUGUUGGAUUGAACGACAGCAUGUCUGGUGGGCUGCAGUUACUACCAGACCCCCUCUUUUCAAUUCCAACGGACAACACCUACAUCCUGUCCAUCACCUCGACAGACCUGGGACGCAUCUUCAUGGCAGGAAAGGACGGCUGUCUCUAUGAGAUCGCUUACCAGGCGGAGGCCGGCUGGCUCAGCCAGCGUUGCAGAAAAAUCAACCAUUCCAAGAGCUCCCUGUCUUUCCUCGUUCCCUCUGUGCUCCAGUUCUCUUUUUCCGAAGAUGAUCCUAUUGUGCAGAUUGCCAUCGAUAACACUCGUAACAUUCUCUUCACCCGCUCUGAGAAAGAUGUCCUACAGGUGUAUGACCUGGGUGCUGAUGGUCAAGGUAUGAGUCGCGUAGCAACAAUGUCACAGAGCUCUAUAGUGGCGGCUGCAGGGAACAUAGCUCGAACAAUCGACCGUUCUGUCUUCAAACCCAUCGUUCAGAUCUCAGUUAUUGACAGAUCUGAGUCCUCAGAUUGUCAUCUGCUCGCCGUCACUCAUUCAGGUGUUCGCCUUUACUUCAGCACUACGCCGUUUGCACCUCAGCACCAGAAGAACAUGGCAGUUCGCCCAAGCUUGCUUGCUUUAGUCCAUGUUCGUCUCCCACCAGGUUUUUCUGCUUCCUCCACCCUGCAGAAACCCUCCAAGGUCCAUAAGGCUUUACACAGCAAAGGUGUUCUCCUCAUGACUGCGUCUGAGACAGAAGACAGUGAUGUUCUGUGGUGCAUCAAUCACGACUCCUUUCCCUUUAAGAAGCCCUUGAUGGAGACGCAGGUGAUGUCCAACGUUGAUGGACAUUCGUGGGCUCUUUGUGAAAUUAAUGAAGAGAAACCUCCCAAAAUCCUUACCCCCCUGAACAGGGAGCAGAUCCCCAUCACUGAUUCGCCUGUGGUUGUCCAGCAGCACAAUGUCCCUCCUCAGAAGUUCGUCCUUCUGACUGCAAAGGGAAGUCACAUCUUUCAAAAGUUGCGGCCGGUCGAUCAGCUUCGCCACCUCCUGGUCAGCUGUGCAGGAGGAGAAAGUGAAGAGAUUGAACGAUUCUUCAAGCUGCACCGGGAGGAGCAGGCUUGUGGCACGGCUCUGAUCCUGGCCUGCUCCAGUGCUGCUUGUGACCGAGAGGUCUCUCAGUGGGCCACCAGAGCCUUCUUCAGGUAUGGGGGAGAAGCACAGAUGAGGUUUCCUGCAGCCAUGACAACGCCCAGUACUGUUGGUCCCGUCAUGAGCUCUCCAGCACCUGGCGUCAUGCCCCCUGCGUUCGCCACACCGUUCGUUUCCAUGCAGUCUGGAUCCGCCCCCAUCACACCCAUGUCCGCUGGUCCAGAGGUGAUUUUCUCUGGAAAACACAACGGCAUCUGCAUCUACUUGGCUCGUAUUCUCGGAAAUAUUUGGGACGGGAGCCUCGCUGUGGAGACGUCCAUCAGCAAAGGACAUCAAACGGUUGUUAUUCUGGAAAGCACCGUGGCUUCAUUUGAGCUGGAGUCGGUCCUCCUGCAGCUCAAAGGUUUACAGGAGUUCCUGGAUAAAAACUCUCAGCUCAGUCCUUCGUCUCUUGGCACUGUGAGCUUCAGCUCUCCAGCCAACCUGCAGCAAAGGCUGCUGGGAUUCAUGCGUCCCGACGGAGCCGGCUCCCAGCAGGUGCAGCAGGAGCUUCAGAGGAAAUACCACACCAAAGCUCAGGUCUAUGAGAAAGUGUCGCUGCAGGGCAUCCAGCAGCUAGUGCACCGCUCUUAUCAAACUCUGGCACUCUGGAAGCUUCUCUGCGAUCAUCAGUUCAGCCUCAUUAUGUCUGAGCUGCCAAAGGAAUUUCAGGAGCAGAUAAAGGGGGCAAGUUUUAAGGACGUAGUGAUCCGAGGGAAGGAAUUAUCUGGGGCACUCAUCACAGGCCUUAUUAACGUUUACAUCAAAGAUAACGCCUCUGUGGACGCCAUCAGCAAUCACCUACGGGACAUCUGUCCACUGCUGUACAGCAGCGAUGACAGCAUCUGCUCAAAGGCUAAUGAGAUGUUGCAGAGCUCUAAACAGAUCCAGAACAAGAUCGAUAAAGAGAGAACUUUAAGGGAGUCUUUACAGCUCUACCAGCAGAUCAGCCAGAACAUAGACCUGCCACUGGUUUGCUCCCAGUACAGACAAGUGCGUUUCUACGAGGGAGUUCUUGAGUUGUGCCUCACAGCGGCAGAUAAAAAGGAUCCCCAGAGACUCGGGCCCCACUUCUACAAGAACGGAGAGCCUGAGGAGGACAAAACGGGGCAGCAGGCCUUCCAAGAGAGACUUUCUUGCUACAAGUGCAUCACAGACACCAUGCAGGAGCUGGUGAACCAGAGCAAAGCUGCCCCUCAAUCUCCCAGUGUCCCCAAGCAGCCUGGACCUCCUGUCAUGACCUCUGAUCCCAACAUGCUCAGCAACGAAGAAGCUACAGCCCAUUUUGAGCAGAUGCUCGGUUUGGCCCAGAGGUCUCAGGAUGAACUGUUUCACAUCGCUCUGUACAACUGGCUGAUUCAAGCCGACCUCUCCGACAAGCUGCUCGAGGUGAAUUCUCCUUAUCUUGAAGAACACCUGAUGCAUAUGAUCAGACAGGACCAGAGUAAAGUUCAUAAUAUGGACCUGUUGUGGCGCUACUACGAGAAGAACCGUAACUUCGGCAAAGCGGCUCAUGUACUGGCACGGCUGGCUGAUUUGCACAGCACUGAGAUCUCUCUGAAGCAGCGUCUGGAGUACAUUGCUCGAGCCAUUCUGUCUGCUAAGAGUUCCUCCGGCGUGUCGGCUCGGGCGUCUGACGGAGAGUUUCUUCGCGAGCUCGAGGAUAAGAUGGAGCUUGUCCGUAUUCAAGUGCAGAUCCAGGAAACCCUGAUCAGACAGUACUCCCAUCAUCCCUCAGUGAAAAACGCCAUCUCCCAGUUGGACGCUGAGCUCAUGGACAUCACAAAGCUCUAUGGAGAGUUUGCUGAUCACUUCAAAUUGUCUGAAUGCAAGCUGGCCAUCAUCCACUGUGCAGGGCACUCGGAUCCUAUCCUAGUACACUCAUUGUGGCAGGAAAUCUUGGAAAAAGAGCUGGGCGACAGCGUGGCCAUGAGUCCUGUGGACAGGAUGAGAUCCCUUAAUCUAAAGCUGGUCUCACUAGGGAAGAUAUACGCCGGAACUCCUAGAUACUUCCCUCUGGAGUUCCUGGUGAAGUUCCUGGAGCAGGAGGUUUGCCGGCUGAACUGGGAUGUGGGAUUCGUCUCGUCUACCAUGCUGGAGAUUGGAGUGCAGCUGCCCCGCCUUCUGGAAGUCUACGAUCAGCUCUUUAAAUCUCGGGAUCCCUGCUGGCAGCGAUUGAGGAAGCCUCUACAUUUGGUGGAGUGCAUCCAUGUCCUCCUCUCGGGAUACGUAGAAGACCCCAGCAGAGUCCAGACCUACGAUAGGCGGCGGUUCACUAACGUGUGCCUGGACAACAUCUGCGGAUACCUGGUGGAGCUGCAGUCUCUAAGUCCAACCUCAGCCCUUCAACAAACCAUCGGCAACUUCAAGUCACUUCAGGCGAAGCUGGAGAGACUCCACUGACCGGAUCCCUCAGAGGGAGGAGGGACUUCUAGUUUUAGGCAAACAGCUGAUUUAAGUCUUUAUCAGCUGGGAAGAUGUGACUUUUGAGUCUUCUGCCACAGUUUGCUUCAUUAUCCCACCAGUGUGUGUUUUCAGAGUUUAGCGUUUUAUAACUUAUUUGAUACAUUUUUGUUGGUUUAAACUUCUUGCAGAAUUGGAACGUUGAAAAGAAAACAUCUGGAAAAGGUUUUUUUUUAAAGAAAAAAAACAGCUUAAUGUUCAUUAAAACAUCAAUUUACUGAUUAUUAAUAAUAUUAUUAUGAUCAGUUCGCAAAUGUUAAAACACUCAUUUGGUCCCAGAUUUGGGAUUUUUUUUGUGACAAAUAUGUUUGAUGUUUUGCAAUUAUGUACAGAACUUUGAUGUCAUGGCUGCCAAGGCGCGCGCGCACACACACACACACACACACCUGAGCAUUGUUUAGGACAUAAUCUGCUUGUAAAAUGGUCCACUUUUAAUAACAACUUUGUAUCUGUUUUGAAUGCAGAACAUUUUUAGUUAUAAUGAAAAUUCUGGUCUUAUUUGGAGGAAAAAAAUAAAACAUUUUAUAAAUAAAUCAAACUUGUCACAACUCGUAUUGAUGACAGCCUUGUGUGAAGGUUUACAGCUAAUUGGCAAGAAGGAACAUCAGAUUGGUAUGUUAGUAAUGUGACUUGUUUUUUCAUUUAAAGCAGCACUCUGGGUUUCUCGCCCUCCUAAUUAACAAGCCUCAAAUUGCUGAUGGUCUCCAAUUAACUGAAGGUGGUACGCAAUUAUGUUUCAUUUUAGGUUGAAGUAAUUUUGCCCUGAUUUUCCUUUGUGAGAUGAGUCAACAAGCAGGUUCCACCCGAGGGUGAGAGUAUGUGAUGUUUACAGGAUAAACACUUGGGGAAA